GAAGUCCAAAACACCUGGAGGGCUGAAGAUGGGGAAAUAGAGCGACUUUUAGAGCAUCGCAGGAAUAUGCAGGGAAGGGGGAAACGUUGCAGCCUGCAUGCAUCAGACCCAGGGCUUGGAAAAGUUACUUUUUUGGGGUACAGUGCCUGCUAAAAAGGAGGGGAGGAGGAAGGGGCGGCCCUGCACAUCGAGGGGAGGAGGAAGGAAGAAGAGAAGGAAGCAAGGAAACAGGUUUCUCCACCUCCUCCUCCUCCCUUCUUCGCCUGGGCUCCAUCUUUUUCGGUUUGCUCCCAUCUUGCAGCUGCUGCAGAAUCAGAGGGAUUGCAUGAUCCAAACAUCAGCUGCAAGAAUAUUUCCGUGUAACCAGCAAACAUGGCGGAAGCUCCGGUCAGCUCCAAGAAGGUGACUCUUUUCAGCCAGAAGUCACGAGGAGGACUCACCUACCGCAUCCCAGCAUUGCUGUACCUGCCGUCUGAGUCCACCUUCCUGGCCUUUGCAGAGGAACGCUCCUCACCCAGAGAUGAAGAUGCCAAGUUCCUGGUGAUGAGGCGAGGGAAGAAAGAAGGGACAUCUGUGCAGUGGGGCCCUCAGGAGUCUUUGAUGGCGGCCACUCUGCCCAAAUACCGCACCAUGAACCCUUGCCCGCUCUACGAGGAGAAGAGCGGCACCGUUUUCCUCUUCUUCAUCUGUGUGCGCGAUCACGUCACGGCGCAAUGCCAAAUCCUGACGGGGAGAAACGCUGCCAGGUUGUGCUAUAUCUCCAGCCGAGACAGCGGCCGCACCUGGAGCCCGGUGGUCGAUCUGACAGAGAAGGCCAACUCAAAAAACUGGGCCACCUUUGCCGUUGGUCCGGGCCACGGGGUCCAGCUGAGCUCCGGCCGCUUAGUGGUCCCGGCGUACGCCUAUUACAUCCACAAGCCCUGCUUCUGCUGCUUCUCCUUCUGCUACACGCAACCGCAUUGCUUCACUUUAUACAGCGACGACGGCGGGAAGAAUUGGACCCGGGGCCAGCUCCUGGAGAGGUUGCGCACCACCGAAUGCCAAGUGGCAGAACUGACCUGCCAGGAUGACCGCCCCGUCUUGUACAUCAACGCCCGUAAUUCGUGUCGGGAGCAGUGCCGGGCUGAAGCCUUCAGCCACAACUGGGGAUGCCAGUUUGAGGGAUCCUUCCUGUGCAGAGAGUUGUGUGAGCCUCCAAAGGGGUGCCAAGGGAGCGUGGUGAGUUUCAGCUCCUCGGAUCUGGGUGAAUCACAAGCACUGAGUGCCUAUUCCUUGUCCAAAUCCUGGCUCAUUUUCUCCCACCCCACAAGCCGGAGCCAGCGUGUGGACCUGGGCAUCUACUUGAACAUGUCUCCCUUGGAGAAGGGCUCCUGGAAAGGCCCGUGGGUGCUGAACAAAGGGCCCAGCGGCUAUUCGGACCUGGCCGUGUGCAAGGAAGGGAAGUCCCUGCUUUUUGGGUGUUUGUUUGAGUGUGGGACAUCCUCCCCCUAUGAAGAGAUCACCUUCCAACUCUUCCCUGAUGUUGAACUUCUGAGGAAUGUGAGAGAAAGCUGAUCUUGGGUUGAUGCUUCCUCCAAAGUACAACAGCUUUCAACUACUCCAGGAUAUGUUCCUCUCAAAGAGCAGGGGAGGAAAUUGACCAUCUCAUAUCUUCCAACUGUCCUUAUUUGGCAAUAAUUACUCCAUUAAUCCUCUGCUGUCCCACUUUUCCAGCUGCUUUUAAAAAGGCCUGGUUUCUCUCUCCUCCUCCCACUUUCUCCCAUUUUUCUCAGCUUACUCUAACUGCAGCAAACUCAGUGCCAAAGUAACUUUGCUCUCAAUUAGAAAGAGAGAAUAUGGUGGAAUACGGUGGACUCUUGGCCUUCUUUGUUAGUUUUAGCAAAAGGAAACUGCUGUAAUAAUAAUGAUAAUAAUAAUAAUUAUAAUUAUAAUAAUUAUUAGUAUUUAUUUUUCUAUCCCGCCAACAUCUCCCCGAAGGGACUCGGGGUGGCUAACAUGGGGCGAUGCCCAAAACAAAACAGAAUAAAGCAAUUACAACAAAUAUCAAAACAAACAGUAAUAACAUAAUAACAUAAUAAAAUAAAAUAAUACAUAAUAAAAUAAACAAUUUAAACAUUUUAAAAAUACAAUAAAACUCAUUUGCUUGCAUCAUUUUUUUCACUGAUAUCUUUUGAUAUUUGGACUACAUUCUGGUCUCCUCACCCAUGAACUAUGCUGCUGCUCUUAACAUCACCCCUGUUUUAUUUUUCUUUCACAAAAAAGCAUUCUCUCUUCUUGGAGAGGCUAUAGACGGCAAGGGGACUUCAGUGGCUGUUUUCUUUUGGCAAUAUGGGCAUUUUUGUGAACAUUUUGGUGAAAAUUCUAGCUAAAAAUGGCACUGAGGACUUGUAAAGAGAGGAAAACGGGCUGGAGGUUGUAUCUGGUCCAUGAAGCACCAUUUCCUCACUCCUGGAGUAGACCAGUUGAAUCAAUGGAACCUUAUUUGGGUGAUGACUUACCCAGUUUCCAUUGAUUCAGUUUAUGUGUUGUUACAGACUUUUGUUUAAAAUUGUCAGCCAGAAUUCACUAAAGCAGCUAUGAAUGCAGAAUUUACGCAUGUGUGCUGAUUCAUAUUCAUGAUUUCUUUUAUUAAUUGCUUGAGAACAGGCAUGGGCAAACCUGGGCCCUCCAGGUGUUUUGGACGUCAACUCCCACAAUUCCUAGCAACCUACCAGCUGUUAGGAAUUGUGGGAGUUGAAAUCCAAAACACCUGUAAGGUCCAAGUUUGCCCAUGUCUGCUUUAAAAGUACCAUAAAACCUGCAAAAUGCCAUUUACAAGCAGCUGCUGCUGCGAGCAAUAGGGGUCUGUGCCUAACAUCAUCAUCAUCAUAACUAUAUUUAUUUAUAUCCCACUUUAUUUUCUGUUGGGAAGCAGCAAACUCUCAUCCUCACCAUCCCCAACAAUGAGUGAUCCCCAGUGGAAGAAAACACUGUGAUAAAGAUUAAUCUUUUGCCCAUUGCAAGGGAGAUAAUUUAUGCUUCCCAACCUGUGGGCCCUUCCACACAGCCAUAUAACCCAGAAUAUCAAGGCAGAUACUCCUCAAUGUCUGCUUUGAGCUGAGUUAUCUGAGUCCACACUAUCAUAUAAUCCAGUUCAAUGUGGAUUUUAUAAAGCUGUGUGGAAGGGGCCUGAGAGAAGAUCCCUGUUGCUCACAGCAGCUGCUGCUCCAUUAAUGGGGAUUGAAAAAUCAGAUGGGCCAGAAGAUGCUGUAUAGCAAGGUAGCAAUGGCAAUUACCAAAGCCACAUGGCUGAUGGAGAAUUCUGGGCAUUGUGUUUACUAGGAAAAAUAAUAGUAAUUUGUUAUUUUAUUUAUUUAUAAAUAACCCCCUUUUCUUUCUUAAUCGAGAUCCAAGGUGGCUCAUAAAUCCGCAAUUUUUAACUACGUUGAAUGUUUAUUUAACAAAUUAUUUUAGAGCUAUACAGCUGUGCCUCUGAGAAUGCCUUAUAAGGGAUAUAUUGCGAUACUUGACUUCAGAUGUAAAGCUGACAACGGUUAUAUAAGGGUAAUGGUGCCCAGUGGUGAUGGAAACAAUGCACAGAACUGUUUAUAAACCUUGCCAUAUACCUGCCAUCAUUUUUGCCUGUUUUUACAUCAGAUUAGGACCAUUUUAAGGUACAUCUACAAUGUAAAAUUAAUGUGGUUUGACACCACUUUUAACUGCUACAGAAUCCUGGGAUUUGUAAUUUGGAGACACACCAGCACUUUCUGGCAGAAAAAGCUAAAGACCUUGUGAAGCUACAACUCCCAGGAUUGCAUAGCGUUAAGACCUGGCAGUUAGUGGCAUCAAAUGGUUUUAAAUGGUGGGUUAUAUGUUUAUAUUUUAUUAUCUGUUUAUGCACAUCUGUUUAUGUGUCUAAUGUUUUAAUUGCUGUAUUUUUUAACUGACUGUAUGUUUUCUGAUAUGUUGGAAACUGCUCUGAGUCCCUUGAGGAAAUACGGCAGUAUAUAGAUAAAUUAAUAGAUUAAUAAUAAUAAUAAUAAUAAUCCAGCAUAUCUAUCUUGUUUGCUGUGUCAGACUAUGUUGUGUCAAUAAUAAUAAUAAUAAUAAUAAUAAUAAUAAUAAUAAUAAUAAUAAUAAUAAUAUUGCAUUCAUUCUACAGUGUAGAUACACACAUAGCUUCUCCUUGUGAUAUCCCUAUUACCAGGAACACAGAUUGCCAUGUUAUGUUUACUUAUGCUUUUUGAAAAUUGCACAAUGGCACAAUGGCCAUAAACUCAGCCACAAUAGCAAUAAAUAUGUGCAGCUAAAUAUGGCAUCUUUUUUUUGUUAAAGGAUUGCUAAUCUGGAUUGUCCUUUAAAUAAAUUUUGAGAUCACUCCAAACAAAACUGGUUUGGCCUGUUUUGACAACUGCCUUUGGGAUGUGUGCCAGUGUCUACAAACCGAAGGGAAAAUAUAACUUGUCAAGUGCCACACUGUUCUCAAAUAAAAUAUGUUUGAUGGUA